CGGUGUGAUUUCCCUCGGCGAGGGAGCGCUGCAAUCAAAUCACAAGAAAAGUCCUGAAAAAAGCGACCAAUCAGAAGGCCGGGUUGCUGGGAGAUUGACAGGAGUGUGGGUCGAUCCGGCAUUUGGAUGAGCAGCCACGGAAAGCUGACUUGCUCGCUCGUGUAUUCAUGCUGUACACGGGAGCUGGCUUCUGCGGGAAAAUUGCAGGUGGGAACGAUGAAAACUGGGACGUGAAGAUGGUGCUAACAAUUUUGCUUCAUUCUGCACCCCCUUCUCUUACAACGGACACGGAAAAAGACUAAAACGCGCGAACUGAUGUCGGACCAGGCCAAUGCUGAGUUAAAGUGACUUCCUUCAGGGCGAGAAAAGUGCUCAGAAGGAAACGAAGAUGUCCAGAUUUACAGUCACACCGUGGACGCUCCUCCUGAUCCUCCCCGUGGCGUGGAUUUUGGUCAGCUCGGCGUCAGGGGCGCUCCCGACCUGCCCGGAGGUCUGUAAGUGCCGCUGUAACAACGUCACCUUGCUAUGCAGGGUCGAGUGUACGUACCAGAACCUCCAAACGGUCCCCACCGAGAUCCCCCGGACCACGACUUCCCUCAACCUGGCCGCGAACGACCUAACGGUUAUAACCGACGAGUCCUUGGCCAAGUACUCCAUGGUACACUCCAUAUGGCUCAGCUACAACAACAUACAGACCAUAUCGGAUCGGGCCUUCAUGCGACUAGGAGCGCUGAGAAAUCUGGACUUGGGAAACAACGAACUGACAGACUUUCCGUGGAAGUCUUUGCAGUAUUUACCUGGAUUACAACUAUUUAAACUGAACAACAACAAGUUAACAUACAUCCCGAUUGAAGCGUUUAAUAGCAUGACCAAGUUGCGCUCUCUGAGAAUACAUCAUAACGAAAUAACCGCCCUUCCCGCCGGAGCCUUCGACCGUAUGUACGCUCUCUCGCACUUGCUUCUACACGCCAACCCGUGGCACUGUAACUGUGGGGUCCAGUGGCUAGCUGACUGGCUCAAAACAACGAACGUGGACGUUCAGCAGCGUAAGGACAUCACCUGCGCUACACCUGCUGAGCUGCACGGCGAAAGGGUUGACCAAGCCGCCGAGCUGCCCUGUAAAGCUCCCAAGGCACGGGCCUGGGUCGUCCCCAAGGGUAUAAUCCCCGUCGGGAGUAGAGUGUAUCUCCACUGUAAUAUAGAGGGGGACCCGCUCCCCACCGUCAAGUGGACAACUCCAGGGGGGACCGUGACGCCCAAGGAUGAGGGUACGGACAGGAUGAUAGUGUUGCGGUCGGUGCAAUACAGAGACAGAGGCACGUACAUCUGUAUAGCGACAAAUCCCGCAGGAUCCGUCAGCUCCAAGCUGACCCUAACCCUCACGAAAGAUCCUGUCCCUGUUGUUGUGAAGACGACAAUCACACCCAAGGUGGUUCCUACGUCGGGCAAACCCGCGCCCACGGCCGCCGGGACUCCACCGAGAAGUCCCACGGAGAAGGGAGGCGUUAGCCCCGCCGAGCAACCCGUGGCCCCUACCUUGUCACCAGCUACACCUGUCCCAACACAAGGCGGUGGUGUUGUUCCCACUCGACCCUCCGGCAGAAUUGUACCACGACCAACUGUGCCAAAACCACAAACAACUACAACAAUUCCCGACAUAUGCUCAGAAUUUACAUCUCAAGGAACGAACUCACAAAUGACUACUGACUUAGAACUUUCUAUAGUCAAAGUGUCAGCGGAUGAAGCAACAGUUCGAUUUGGGUGUACUUUAGACUGUGCACGGCCUCCGUUUUGUGCUAACAUGACAAUUCUCGAUGAAAAGUCGAACCGAAGCAUCUCCAAGCUUCUGGCGGUGGAAGUCGGAGGUGCGUCCGACCAGCCUCUAAAACACCUGCGGCCUGGAACUCUGUACAGACUUUGCCUUUCAAGUAGCGUGUGUACCAGGUUUUCAACAUUACCUGGCAAGACAUACGUGGAAGAGAUGUUAGGACCGAUCAUAGUUGGCACCUUUCUAUGCGGAAUGGCAAUCAUAACGUUAUCUGUAGCCAGUAUCCACUAUGCUAUCAUCCAGUGUAGAAAACCAAAGGUUGUCAUCAAAACAGAAACGGACGAAGAGGAAGAAGAAAAUGGCGGGAGUGUUUGCGGUUUCUUGAGCAUUUGUCGGCGGCGACUCGGAGAAGCACAGCCUGACGUCAGCGGUAGCAGACCAAACGUGAACGUGAGACCGAGAUCAGACUGUGUCACCUUGGUGGACAAUGUAUACGAGAAUAGGAACUCGUACGUUGAUGAUCCCACCCUAGGCGGGCAUCGAAACGCGGCUCUCCGGUCAUCCAUGAUGAGCUCGCCCGACGACAGCGAUCCCAAGGCAUCCAUGAGAAGACAUCUACAACGAGAAGACACCAACCGCAUGUCGGAACACAUCUACGAGGACAUAGAACCCGAACUGUUAGGGGCUACUGCAGCCCCUAUCGUAAGAAACGACGAAGAUCUCUCGGACGACGAUGGGAAUAACGCCGAGAGAAACCUUGGGAUGCGCGCCUCAAAAUCUCGAAGAAUUCCUCGCGCCAAGACCAUGGCUUCCUUCUCGCAGUAUCAGUACUGCCGGCUCAAGCAUUCCAAAAGUACAAGCUUCUGAGAGGAUAGCGUUUAUUUAAGAAACAGGACAGAAAAGACGGUCCAGAUUACUUACUCCCAAAAGCGACAACUGACAGAACGUAAGCUAUUUCCUUACAUUCAGACUGGAAUUUCGGACGUACAAUGGACUGAUGUCACUGAAAGCAGAUUGGGCACAAUUGACUUUUAUCACAGGGAUAACAGGCAGCACAGUUUCAGCUUGAAAAGGUAAUGUCACUCGAUACUAUUUCCCACCUUUAAGAGGAGCCGAUGGCUGUGUAUAUUUAUUUGAUAUGUACAUCUGCCAGGACUGUAUUGUAAAAAGAAUCCGAUGAAUGAAUUAUGUGGAGAUGGACAAUAACAAUGGCACUAAAGUGAUCAACUAUUUAGUCGGUGAAAGAUAUCUCCGAGUUGUAAAUAGUGACUGGAAUCUUCUCACCAGUAUGCGUCAUUCCAAUGUUUGAAUGGCUAGCUUAAACCUCAAAUUGUGACAUAGAUUUUGUAAGUCAAAUGUCGUCAGAGCGUGAUUUUAACGGUACAGAAGUUGUAAAUAUCGAAUUGUGAGAUAUAUCUGUAAUGUACAUAACGUCUGACAUUGUCAACUGUGAUACUCGGCAAUUUUCAAUGAUUAACGCUAGGCCUUUGUGUCAACGGUUCAUGACUUUUCCUAGGGGAAAUUUCUACCUUUCAGCGACAAUACAUUCCAUGUAAGUGAUGUCAAGUCCGUGGUUCCCCUGACGAUGAAAUCGUCCUGUGUGAAUAUAGACCCCUAAAUCCCAGAUCAUGAGGUCACGUCUGUACAUUAGAUUAUGACAAAUUUUCUGUCAAACACAUUGUAAUAUUUCAAAAGAGAAACUUGUGAGUAUUGUGUUCGAGUGGCGGCUCCAUACGCCGUUCUAAUAAAGUCAC